ACUGCGGUGGACCCACGCGAACGCGACACUGGCGAGGCCGCGCACCGAGGGCGCGCAGGGUCCCCGCGCCCGCGCUUCUCUCCUUUUCUGCCUCUUGAAGGCAGCCAGCAGCCGCGAUCCCCGCUAUGUGCGGCCGGCGAGCAGUCUCAACUGACAGCCCGACCCCCAUUGUAGUUCCACCUGCAGCCCCCCGCCUGCAGGAAACCCCGAGGUGUCCAUCCCCAGCCCUGCAGGACGAAAGGAUGCAGGGCGAACAGGCAACCUGUACCAUCUCAGGACCAUAAGACAUCAUCGGCCAGGGCUCAGGCGACAAGAUCUCAAGGUUAAAAUGAAUGAAGAUACGAAGGUUAAUAUAAGCUGGUUGCCUCAGGAUCAUAUAGAUGCCAGUCCUCCGGAGAAUAUCUCAGCGGCAGACUCCUCCCUAAUUCCUGUGCUGGAGCCAGAGCUCAUAGUAAACCCGUGGGAUAUUGUUCUGUGUAUAUCGGGAACCCUGAUCUCAUGCGAAAAUGCUAUAGUGGUCCUCAUCAUCUUCCACAAUCCGAGCCUGCGAGCUCCUAUGUUCCUCCUCAUCGGCAGCUUGGCGCUGGCAGACCUCUUGGCAGGGGUCGGACUCAUUAUCAAUUUCAUCUUUGCCUAUCUCCUUCAGUCGGAGGCUGCCAAGCUGGUCACAGUGGGACUGAUUGCUGCCUCUUUUUGUGCCUCGGUGUGCAGCUUGCUGGCGAUCACCGUCGACCGUUACUUGUCUCUUUACUACGCUUUGACGUACAACUCGGAAAGAACAGUCACCUUCACCUACGUCAUGCUUAUUUUCCUGUGGGGAGCGUCGACGUGCAUCGGACUUUUGCCUAUCAUGGGUUGGAAUUGCCUUAAGGACGAGUCGACGUGUAGCGUCAUCCGGCCACUGACCAAAAACAAUGCCGCCGCCCUUUCAGUUUCCUUUCUGCUCAUGUUUGCACUCAUGCUUCAGCUGUACAUUCAGAUCUGCAAAAUCGUCAUGAGGCACGCUCAUCAGAUUGCCUUACAGCACCAUUUCCUGGCCACGUCGCACUACGUCACCACCCGGAAAGGAGUGUCCACUUUGGCCAUCAUACUCGGGACGUUCGCCGCCUGCUGGAUGCCUUUCACCCUUUAUUCUUUAAUAGCAGAUUACACCUACCCUUCCAUCUACACUUAUGCCACGCUUCUGCCGGCCACGUACAACUCCGUCAUCAACCCAGUCAUCUACGCCUUCCGGAACCAGGAAAUCCAGAAAGCCCUGUGGCUGAUUUGCUGCGGAUGCAUCCCCGCCAGCGUCUCUCAGAGAGCCAGAUCGCCGAGUGACGUUUGAUUAUAUAUAUAUCUGCAUAAAGCCGAGAGUGGUUGGUGUUCACUUGCCAGGUGGAGUGUUCGUUUGAAGUAAAUUCUAAAAAAAGAAAAAUCAGUAGGAUUAUGAUCCGCUGGGGGAAGUAAUGUGCUCGAUAACAUUUGGACAUGGCAUUAACAUGAUCAAUCCAUUUCAUAAAUGGAGUUCAAUGUAUUUAUAAAGUCAAAGCGCUACUGUGCAAUAUCUAUUUAGAAUUUCAAAAUAAGAGCUAAUGUUGUAAACUGUCAUUCUACUCAGGUUAUGUGGUGUUCAGAGUGAUUCAGUAUAGAGCCUUUAUUUCAUAACACGGGGCUAA